UGACAUGUUUACAAUAGCUGCAGGUAUAACAGCUUAUCCCUGAGAGAUUCAUAUGUUUUCAUUGGUCAAAGCCCCGGAUCGACGACGCUACACCGUCAACGAUGUAUUUGUUCACACGGACAACAACGCCAUGGAUCAAUCGGAUUUGUUACAAUCCUCGACGACAAUGGUAAGAAUGCAGCACAGUCGCGAAUGUCUAUUUGUGUGGGUGGUGGCUGACCUUGUCUUCAAUGGGUUUGGCAAGUUUCUCAACGCUCCGAAAGCUCCCGUGCGUUCGCCCGUCGCUGGAAAGGCCUGGACGAGAGCGCAAGUGGGCGGCGGCCGCGUGUGCAUGCAACGCGUGCUCUCGCCCAAGCUUUUCCGCUGUUCCAAUUCACGAUCGGCGGGCGGGGAGGACGGCGCGACCAUGUCGGUGCAAGUCCGACCCAGCACGAAUUCAGAGUUUCUCUGCGCAUGUGCCGAUAGUCUCAGUUGGAUUUUGUUGUCGAAAGGGGGGACGCCAAUGCAUGCAAUGCCGUGGUGUUGCCUAUGAAUUGUUACGACUAGUGGUGCCGUAAGGCAAAAGAGUGGAUCAUUGGAAGCAGGCUGAAAGGACUACCGUUCUGAUUUGCAGCCGAGAACGGUGAGGCUCUUCGGGCAGCAGAAGUGGGAAUACCUCAGGCGACAACGACUGCGAACUCGCUGUGGCGGAUCGAUUAGGAUAUGUGGAAGCUUGUGAUUUGUCUGGCAAAGGCGGUCAAAACCAUCGAGUAUCGGCGAUGACGGAAGCGGUGGAAGUACUCGACGUGUGUGAUAUUCGAUGGAGUCCAUGGGUGCGCAAUCGAGAGUACAGGCCUGUGCAGGAGUAGUGACGAGACGGCCUACGGCCACUCUUUGUGCGGCACCGCCGGAGCACAUCACAUCACACCUUUGUGCUGGGAACCUCCCCUCGUCAGAU